AUGGAUCAGCCUCAGUCUCAGGCGGAGAUAGCUAGAAGGCUCCUCACCGAGAUUCGCUCCCUCAUCUACAACGUCCCAGAGCACACAAAGGGCCACAUUGAGCUCAUCAAAGCUACACUUGGAUCCCCCAGCCAGACGCAGCUACUGGUCUCUGCUCUCAUAGGCGUCGUUCUACUUUUUCAGGUUUACAUCAGAUUUCGAAAUGUAACGGCGAACAGGAAGUCUCGAUUCCUUGCAUCCCCCGGGUUCCCACUGCCGGAAGCCUUGAGUGAUUUUGACUGGGCUACACAAGAACCGCCACAGUUGAGGCCAUUCAGACCAAAGUAUCAUCUUACCAUGGCUCUCGAAAACAUGGAACCCUCUGAACUCAUUCCUAUGGAUAAAACCUACAAAGAACGACUUCAGUACCGUCGCAAGAUUCUCAAGGAGCAUCGUGAAAUUGUCAUUGCAAUGCAUGACGAGUCUGACCCGCGCAUCACCGCCGCGGUCAGCGAAUUCUAUCGCUACAUUAUGUCGACAUAUCUGCCUGUCCGCUAUCCAACGAUGUUUCGUCUGCAUGAAACCACAUUUGAAACUGGCAAGGCAUACAUGCUUGAGAAUCUUGUCCUGAAUGAGCUAUACCCUUCCGAGGUCACUCAACUUACCUCCCCAAUGCGCGCCCUUGAGAUCCUCUACAAAACCGUAGAUGAAGACUUUCUUAUUUUAUUGCCCGAAGAGUCGGACAGCGAUUCAUCUCCUUCGUCAACUGAGGGCUCAGGAAAGACAGCAGCAGCAACUGUGCAAACCAAAUACAGACUUAUAGCUUAUGAAAACUGCUACCCAGCUGGAUUCAAUCCUCGCAAAAAGCUUGGAAAACUCCUCGCUGACAUCCAUGCACCCGUUCCGGGCUACCAGGAUAAGCUCGAAAAGAGCAUGGACCGAUAUUUCGCAAAUAUUGAGGUGGGCAAGUACGUGAAACGGGUCAAUUGGAGCAUAUCCACAGAUACGGAACUAUUUGCUGCUUUUGGCGGAUUACAUAGCUCUGAAAAUGAGAAUCAAAAAGAGGAGAAGAUUAAAGAGGGCCAAUUGGAUGUCGACUCGACCAAACUGCGAUGCGAACGCCAAACCCUUCAUCGGCUGCCAAAAUCGCGUGCUCUCGUUUUCGGGUUCCAUACCUAUACGUAUCCAAUUAAGCAAAUUAAGGAGGAAGGGCUAGGUGAAGAUCUGGCCACUGCCAUCGAUGGCCUGAAGACUGGAAGCAUUCCUGCAAUCCAUGAUUACAAACGAGGGGCAAUCUGGGGGGAUGCGGUCAAGGCGUACCUACGGAGUUGA